AUGACGUCUGCUCUCCCAAAGUACGUCUCGAUCGCCCCGCUGCUGAAAAAGCUGUCGGCCCCUCCACCUCACGACAACAGCGUCAAUGCCGACGACAUUGCGCUGGCCUUCUCCCGCACCUUCGAUAACCAACUCAACCCCACGCAGCUCGCAGCCCUGCUCACGCUCCUGCACUCGACGGGCAAAGAUCGACACCCGGAUGUGAUUGCAAAAUGCGCCGCAAGCAUGCGCGACGCCGCGGUGCAGGUGGAUAAGCAAAAAUUGAGAGAGGUCGUGCGGAAGAAGAGGAGGCGCGGGGGGAUAGCUGUGGGCGGUUACAGGGGUGGACUGUGCGAUAUCGUGGGCACUGGUGGAGAUUCGCACUCGACGUUCAACAUCUCGACGACGGCCUCGAUCAUUGCGUCGCCGCUCCUCAUGAUGGCCAAGCAUGGCAACAGAGCGCAGACCUCCAUGUCUGGGUCAGCAGAUGUGCUGAAUGCGAUCGUGCCCCAGGCGCCUAAGAUAGAGGCGCUGAGUGCGGAGCAGUUGCCAGAGGCGUACGAGCAUACAAACUACACAUUCCUUUACGCGCCGAAUUUCCACCCCGGCAUGAAAUACGCCGCGACCGUACGGAGAGAACUUGGGCUGAGGACCAUCUUCAACUUAAUGGGCCCACUUGCCAACCCGGUGGAGGCACAUAUCGAAGCUCGAGUAGUAGGCGUCGCAUAUCAAGAGCUGGGCCCCGUCUUCGCGCAGGCGCUGCAACUGUCCGGGGCGACCAAGGCCCUCGUGGUGUGCGGGCAGGAAGAUCUCGACGAGAUCAGUUGUGCGGGCAAGACGAAUUGUUGGCUGCUGAGAGAAGCCGAGAAUCCAGAGUACCGGGGCGAUCGGAAUGAGGAGGAUGAUGAUACCAGCGACGACGAGGCGCCGCCCAGAUACAUUUCAAGGGUGGAGAGAUUCGAGCUCGAGCCUGCCGACUUUGGGCUGCCUGCACACCCACUGUCGCAGGUCGGGGGUGGCGGUCUGCCGAAGCAGAAUGCUGCCGUGUUGAUGAGCAUCCUGCGCAAUGAAAGACCUCCCGACGACCCAAUCCUGCACUUUGUGCUGAUGAAUAUCGCGGCGUUGUUGGUCGUGAGCGGUGUCUGUGACGCUGAUACCUGUGAAAGCGGCGAAGUCAUCACGGAGCGAGGGCCCGCGGGCGGAAGAUGGAAAGAAGGCGUCAAGAAGGCCCGAUGGUGCAUAGAGAGCGGAAGAGCGCUGCAGGAGUUUGAAAAGUUCAUAGAGUUCACCAAUUGCGCAUAG